GCCGGCGGAGGUCUUGCAGUGAAUGCGGAGACGCAAGGGGAUAAGGAACAGUAGGGGGAGGUCAGGAGCCUGGUCGGGCAGGGAGGAGACUGUGAGUGGCCUGCGUCCGGGAAUGGAGGAACGGUGAGAGAGGAGAUGGUCGCCAUCAAAAUCUUGAGGGGCUGGAGUAGGAGGAGAAGGAGGAAGGGGAAGGGUCAGGAUGCGGGAUCGGGACAAUGAGACGGUCGGCAUUUGGUCGGUCGGGAGUCGGGACGGGGAUGUUGCGACAGAGGAAGGAGAAGGAGAGUCAGGGCGACCAAAUGGGGGUGAAGCAUGCAAGGAGAAGGGCGACAUGGAUGAGGAAAAGCAUGGGAAGGAGGAUGGGAAGCAGGAGGUGAUGAAGAAGAACCAGCAUCAAACAUCAGCAGUAGCAGUAGAAGAAGAAGAACAGGAAGGUGGGGAAGAAGAAGAAGAAGAAGAAGAAGAAGAAGAAGAAGAAGAAGAAGAAGAGAGAGAAGAAGAAGAAGAAGAGGGAGAAGAAGAAGAAGAAGAAGAAGAAGAAGAAGAAGAAGAAGAAGAAGAAGAAGAGGGAGAAGAAGGAGCAGGAGCAGGAGCAGGAGCAGGAGCAGGCGAAGGAGGAAAAGGAGAAGUAAAAGGAGAAGGAGAAGAAGGAGAAGGGGAAUACGGGGAAGGAGGAGAGGGAGAAGGAGCAGGAGCAGGCGAAGGAGGAAAAGGAGAAGGAGAAGAAGGAGAAGAAGGAAAAGAAGGAGAAGAAGGAGAAGGGGAAUACGGGGAAGGAGGAGGGGGAGAAGAAGAAGAAUCUAACAUAUGUUGCUUGGAUGGUGGCGGGCCAAUUAGAAACCAUGCCUGCUUUGGGUCUGCCUGGCUGCGAGCCUACGGUAGAGUCACUGUGGGCAGCACAAGUGGCCCCUCCAUCGGGAGGUCUGCUGAUGUCGGUCGCAGGGAACGGAUAAGGAGGAGGUUUACGUCAGCAUCAGCUCUUCAGAGAUCUGCUAGUGGCACAGGUUCGGCUGCGAGUCAAGUUUCUGCGGGAGGAUCUCCUGAUCCGAAGAAGGUUCAGCCUCGCGACCCCACCUUGAAGCCUUUGGCGGCGGUGCUUGGACUGACAACAGCAGUCGGUGGGGGGUUUCUUUGGUGGACAUGGGAAGAUGGAGGAAGAGAGGCGACCGAGAGGACGCUGCGCCCGGCAUUCCAAUUUCUUGGCCUACAAGGGCCGGAUCUUGGAGAAGCGAAACUGGGGGGCGAGCAAAGGCGAACGGAGCAGCCAAAGCAUGGUGACGUUGGUCAAAUGGGGAGGGAACCGGAGGAAGGAGAGACCAAGGAUCAGGCGAGUGAAGCGGUGGGAUACCGGGGGACGGAGGGUGCCGAAAGCCUGGAGAAGGGCAGAGAGGAAGAGGAGGAGGGGAGAGACUCAGAGCAGCAACUAAGCCCCAUACCAGAGGACAAGGUGGAGGAAGAUGCGGAAGCGGCUCAGGUGGGGGAAGCAGACGAACCUGUGUCUGUCGACGAGCAGGAGGAAGAGAACGGUGAUGAGAAUGGAGAGGAAGAGCUCUCCGACAUGGUGGGAAUGGACGAUAAGCAUGAGAGAGGAACUGAUCUGCAGGCUGAGGUAACCAUGUCAGAGAUGGCCGCUGGUAUAGGGGCCAGGUUGACGAAGGCAGCCGACGACGAGGAGGAAGAGGAGAAGGCGUCAUUGACAAGGAAACAAGUCAAUGAGACUGCUGGUGCUGGGACUGCUGAUGAUGUUAAAGCUAGUAAACAGGUGAGAGUGGAAGAGGGUGGUGUUGUGUUGGAGGAGGAUGGAGAGCGGAAUGGACAGUUGGCUGAAGAAGAUGAACACAGGGAUGACGCAGUGGCAUCAAUAAGGAGCGAGGCAGUGAGCGCAGGGAAGAAAGCGGAGACGGCAGACGGAGAAGAGUUUCAGGAACUAGGAGGAUUGAUAUAUGGGAUGAUGUUGAAGCAGGAGGAAGCCAUCCGAGAAACAUUCGAGUCAAGAAUCCAACGCCUUGAAGAAGAACACAGGCAGGAACUGAAUGACGAGAGGGCAAAUGCCCUUCGGCAUGCCCAGAAGGCCAGCACUCUUGAGAAGGAAUUAACAAAGCAGAAACUUCUCCAUGCAAAGGCGCUGAAGGAGCAAUUACAAAGGGAGGAGGAGAAAAGGCAGAGAGAAUUGCAUCAACUGAUGGAGGAUGAGAAACGGAAGAUCGCAGAGCUGAAGGUGGCACUCGAAGCGAAAUCGGCAGCCACGAUUGCGAGUGAGAGGGCAGGAAGAAUUGAAGAGACUGACCAAAUACGGAUGAAGUUGAAUGCGCUGCAGCUGGCAUUCGAUGGACAUGCAGAAGAAUCGAGGCGGAGCCUAGAGGCCCACAAAAUUGCAAUGGGCGCGUUUGUCCUCGAGGAUGCUUUGAUGCGAGGGCAGCCGUUGUCGAAGUUGGCGAAACUGUUGGAAGCGUCGGCAAAAGACGAUCCGCUCAUCCGUGCAGUUGUGGACUCGCUUUCAUCGCCAGAGAUUGAAACAAUGGGAGCGCCUACAAGACUGCAGUUGUGGAACAAGUUCGAGGCGUCAAGGCCUACAUUAAAGGAACUAGCUUUCCUUCCGCAAGGAGGCGGUGGUGUCCUUGCACAUGCUGUAGCUAAACUCGCUGCUCGUCUGAAGGUGAAGGAGCAGGACUCUAACCUGGAAGGAGGCGGCCUUGAGGCCGUGCUGGCACGCGUUGAGAGUCUGUUUGUGGAGGGAAGAUUGUUGGAAGCAGCUUCUCUGAUCCAGGAAGGGGUGUCAGGAACUCGUGCGGAGGAGGUAGUGAGCAAUUGGGUGCAACUCGUACGGAACAGGGUCGUUGCAGAGCAGGCAGUGGCUAUGCUACAAGCUGCUGCAACGGUCAUGGCGGCAGCGUCGACAUGAAUGAACGAAUGAAUGAACGGGCCUUGUGUGGAUCCACAUUCUUUCUUCCGUGUAAAGGACAACGAAAUCACUUCUGCGGCAAAUUGAUCUUGACGUUCUUCUGCAUAAAGGAAAACGAAAUCACUUCUGCGGUAAAUUUCUGUUUUCACUGUCGACAUCCACCUCCAUUGUUUGUUAAUGUCGCUCAACGUUGUUCAUUGUAUAGCUCGAGAUGUAUCCACCUUCGUCCCUGCUAGGUAGUCGUGAGCAUGAGAUAAGAUCGGUUCAUGUGCGGAAUCGAAAGUCGAUGACACCUGUGAGAGGUAUGAGCUGUGUGGAGUGAAGUUGAGGACAAGUACUGUGUCGUUGUAUAGCUUGAGAUGUGUCGUUCGUCUUCGCUACACUCGAGCAUGUGAUAAGAGUUGUUCAUGCGCAGAAUUGGAAGUUCAUGACACCUGAGAGGUUUUGAGAGGCAUGGACAUGAAGUUGAUGAGAAUGACUGUGUUGUUGGUCGACGGUUAGCGCAUACAGAUGCAGUGACGCUUGACUGCAGACUCGCUCGCUAACGCAAAGAGCUUCACGGGCGAUCAGAAGGCCAGGUGCAUGAACUAGGUUAGGUAGGAGGAAGACGAGCAGCAAAAGUCAUGUGUUGGCAUGGUGGCAGUGUCAGUGGAUUGUGAGUUUCGCAGGUGUUGAACAUGUGUUCUGUAUCGGAAUUUUGCUGGCUCCAGUUUGGCGCUUGUUGUGUAAGCUGGGAGGAAGGGAGGAGAGAACCGGCAGCCAGAGACUAAACAGAGUCUUUUGUGAGUGUGGGGGGAAGCUUUGGUUGGCCACCAUCUGCAAACAAACUCCACUGCAAUCAGCCCUUCGCGACAUCUGUUAGAAUCCGAACGAUACAGAGAAGAUUAGCAUGGCCCCUGCGCGAGGAUGACACUGCAUAACUCGAGAAAUGGUCUAAAAUUGAGGGGGCGGGGGGGAGGAGGAGGGGGGGGGGGGGAAGGGAAGCCUAUGGAUGGGUUAUGGACCCCAAACAAACCCAAAUGGCCACUGUGCAAGGAUCACACACUUAAUAGAGAGAGAGGGGGGAUAUGUGGUCAGCCUAACCGGAAGCAUCCAGACCCAGGAGCGGACCUGAGACCGACACACUAUCGUAUUCUGGCUCAGCAAGUGGCCUCAGGAGCCCGAAGGGGAUGCUCACACUAGGGAUUCAUUAGAUGUAUCUGACUGCAUUUGGGUCACUUGCGCCUACAUACUCUACACAGCACUAGCAUCUCUCUUGUCUGUCUUCACACUGAGUGUCACAGCCCCGUCGUGCUGCUUUCAAAAGCAAUAUGCACUCUAGAUGUGCUUAAGGUUAGAACCCAAGGUUGGAUGAAAUUACCAACGGGGACUUCAUGCUGGUGAAGCACAAGCAACCAUGGUCCACGGGCCAACGCGUAAGGAUGCACCUGGGUACAACUUUCACCAUCUGCAAACAAACUGCGGUGGUUAUGUGGGUCGAUCGCAAGCAGCUAAAGGGGAUGGCAGUUUUCUGCUGAGAAUUCCAGAAAUCCGCUGAAGACACCAACAGGGACGUAGGAGAACAUCAUGAAAUCACGAUGCGGAUCGCGAGGGAGGGAAGAUGGGGAGGAGCGCAUCUGCAAGCUGUAUUGUUGGCUUCAGUGUGACAUCUGCAAGGAAAAUGCACAAGAAUCUGUUACUGAAGAAGGAGAGGAGGAGGAGGAGGAGGAGGAGGAGAAGGAAAACAAGCAAGUGUGGUGUGGAUGCGAGGGAGGGGGAGCGGGAAGGAGCACAAACAAACUAUUGUUGGAUUAAGUACGGCAUCUGCAAAGAAAAAACACAGGAGCGGUUACUGCAGAAGAACAAAAGGAGGAGGAGGAGGAGGAGGAGGAGAUGAAGAAAGUGUGUGGUGGAAAUAUCCAUUAGGGGAUGGCAGGUUGCAGAGGAGUUGUCCCUAGGAUCUUAUUCUGAGUCACAUGGAGGCAAGUUUGGUGUUAAGGAUCAGAUUUG